AUGCGAUUUGUGGCUAUUGAGGAAUUCCUCAAUACUAAUCUACAAAAGACUUGGUUAAUUGCAUAUUUGUGCAGUUGGCACAGGUGGAUUACUGGAUUAUUCGUCUGUGAUGGUCUGAUUUGGUGCGGGAGUGCGGCAGCGGUGGCGUGGUGCGGGAGUGCGGUGGCGUGGUGCGGGAGUGCGGCGGCGACAGUUGAGGUGGAGGAAGAGUUGUGUAGAGUUUUUAGGCUAUGUGAUCGUAGAUUGUACCGUGCUAUGGUAUGCACGAGGAUUUUGCUGAGCGAUUUGAACAAGAGUAAAGACGAUCUGAUACGCAAUGCUAAAUACUUUGCCAAAGACAAGAAAAAGCGGUUACCGUUGAUCAAUUCCAUCCGUGCAAGAGAAAAGAAGGAGCAUAUGGAAAUGGAGAAGCAAAAAAAGAAAGAGCAAAUGGAAAGGGCAAAGCUUACGAAGAAGGAACAAAUGGAAAAGGAAAAGCUCGUGAAGAAAGAGCAGAUGGAGCAAGCUAAGAAGAAACUUGUUUUUAUUUUUGCACCAAGUUCAUCAACAUUGAAUUUGGUUCAGCGUAUGAAGAGAUCAGCACUAAGUCCUUUCAUUUUUACGGUCAUUAUUGAGAAAAUCUCAAAAUCCAUCUGGGAGACUGUACCAUGGUGCAUGCUUUUCGCCGAUUAUAUAGUUUUGGUCGCAGAAACAAAGGAGGAGGCUAAUAGUAAAUUGGAAGAGUGGAGGGAAGGCUUGGAGGGUAAGGGGUUGCGUAUAAGCCGUACGAAGACAGAAUACUUGCGAUGCAAUUUCAGUGGGAUAGAAUCAAUAGGGGAGCCAGAGGUGACCAUAGGGGGAGAAGUUGUUGCAUGUACGUCCAAGUUCAAAUAUUUGGGAUCGGUGAUACAGAAUAAUUGGGAGAUUGAUAGAGAAGUUAUUAAUCAUGCCGACGUUGUUAUAUGGGACAGAAGGUUGGCCUAUAAAGAAGAUUUUCGAAUAGAGGAUGGAAGUAAUAGAAAUGUGUAUGCUAGAUGUGUGGAAGAUGACGCGGAUGAUUUUGAACCGGUGUUAGGUUCACAGCAUCGUCGCGGGAUGGAUUCUUUAGCAGUAAGGUAG